AAGAAAAUAAAAAUGACAAAUAAUUGGAAUAUUUUAACUUCUCAAACCCCAUCUCCAAACUAUGUUCUUGUAAAGAAUAUCUCUUUACAAUCAACUGAAAAGACAGUCAAAGAUUUCUUUUUGUUUUGUGGUAAAAUUAAAGAAUUUGAAAUGAAAGUUGAUGAAGACGACGAGAAACAUCAAAUUGCUCUAAUUCAUUUUGAACGUGAAUCUGCUGCAAAGACUGCUGUUCUUUUAAGCAAUGCUUUAAUUGGUGACAGUUAUAUUACUGCUCAAUCUUACUUUGAUGUCCCCACAUCAAAUGAAACGACUACUGACUCAUCUGACCAACAACAAGAAACUCAAGAAACAAAACCAAAGUCUCAUAUUGCUGCUGAAAUCUUAGCAAAUGGUUAUAUGCUUCAAGAUCAUGUCGUUGCUAAAGGUCUUGAAUAUGACCAUAAAUAUAAUUUGACUUCUCGUUUAACUAACUUUUUCAAUACAAUUCAAACAAAUGUUAAGCAAUUUGAUGAAAAGUAUCGUAUUUGGGAUAAAGCAGUUAAUAUUGAUCAAAAAUAUAAAAUUGGUGAAAAGGUUUCAAAUGCAGCCCACACAGCUCAAACGACAGCACAAGCCGCACUUCAAACACCUACUGGACAAAAGGUUCAAGAUCUUGCUCAACAAACGCUUGCCCAAAUUGCUGCUGUUCAUUAUGAAGCUAAAAGAAUUCAGGGUGAAAAAUUAGCUCAUCAGACUUCUACUACUACUGAUAAUGAUACCACUGAAGCUAAAAAAGCAACUGCUGAUACUGUUCAGUAAAUACAUGUCUAUUGCUCCUUAUUAAUAUAAUCAUAACUUAAAUAUGCCAUAUAUUUGUAUGAAAAUAAAUAAAAUAAAGUUUACUCCUCUCUUAUUAAUACUCUAAGCUAUAUGCUAUUGUAUAGUAGAUUAUUAUUAUUUUUUCUCGGCAGAAACAUCCUUCUAUAGGUACCGUCA